AUGGCAGAUAAAGAGAGUUUUAAUUCAGCUACAGGGUUAAUUUAUUCUUAGAUAAAAAAGAUAAACGCGCAAUAAAAUUUUGGGUCUCACUGCCCUGAAGCUUUAAAGAAAAUCUUGAACUAAAAUUUCUAAAAUGAAUAUCUGCAAUAGUAAUAGCAUGUAAUAAGUGAAGAGAGUAAGACAAAAAAAAGACUCAACUACGAUAGGAUGAUGGAAAUAAACGAAUAAGAAAAUUAAAAAAAAGAAAUUAUUUUCACUAAAUUUCUAGAUGCGGUUUAGAAUUCCAAAAAAUAUUGGGAUUAAAACUUCUACAGAGCUCCUUUCUAAGUUAAAACAAAUGGAUUAUCAAAAUGCAUCGAUGAGAGUAGCUAAUGGUACUAACAAAAAACAAAAGAAGUGGUUUAGAGGGAUAUAUACAUGAAAAUUGUUGAUAAAUUUAGCUUGAUAUAAAAGCAAUAAUAAUUUCAUGAAGCACCUAAUCAAAUUUAUAAAAUUGAAGAGUAAGUACAGUAAGAAAUUUAGGAUAUUAGCAAUCAGGAUAUAAUUUCACAAAAUAACUAAAAUAAUCAUAGUGAUAAAAAUGAUUAAAAAGAAGAACAAAAGUACUAUAUAAUGAAUAAUUUUUAGAAGAAUGCUUAGUUUCUUAAACCAUCUUUGCCUAAUUCCAGAUCUAGCUAUUUAAAUACGAGUAAAGUUAAAAGACAGAGUACGAAUUCUAAUGAUCCUUCUUCUACUUAACCAACUUAAACAUCUUUUAAUUCUCAAUUUUUCAAAAAAAUAUACUCAAACGAUUAUACUUAAUUGCAAGAUGAAAUAGGGAAACUUUAGAAAGCAGAAAACGAGAAAGAAGCAUAAAAUAUCAUACAAUCUUAGAAAAUACUUACUAAUAAAAUUGUUUCUCGUAAUAUGAGUAGUUUAUUUAAUAUUAAAAAAAAGUCUAAAAAUAACUUUUCAUAAGACAAAUCCGCUACUAACUUAAACAAUUCUGAAUAAAGUAUAUCUGUUCAAGGAAAAAAUAUUCAAACUUUGAGUUAAAACUAUUUCCAAAAAAUAAACACUGAAUAGUAAUAAGUUUAGGACUAAAAUAAAACUUAAACAGCUUUAAUCAGUAAAUUUGAAUUUGAAAAUGAUCUAUUCGAGGGAGUUACACCAGACAGAUGUAGUCCUUUUUUGCAACCAAAAAUGAGAUAAGUUAUGAGUUAAACUAUGAGGUCCUUUUCAUUAGAUAGAAAUACAAAUAUCAAAUUAAUUUAGAGACCCCAAUCAGCUUAAAUACCAUAUAAUAAUUUAAAAAGUUAAAAUUUGAGACCCUAAUCAGCGUAAAGCAUAAGUUUACUUGCUUAGAUGUCCUCUUUUCCAAGUCGAUCAACUAAAAAACUACAAAUUAAAAAGGGAUUAAUAAAAAGAGCUUAAAGUGCUAAUCCUAAAAUUUAACAAAAAAAUACAAAUUAAGAUAAUUUAUUCAGCUUCACACCUAUAAAAUAUACAAAUCUAAGGCCAGAUAUUAUGAUUAAUAAUAGUUAAAAAGAUACUUAAUAUGGGAAUUUUUUUGCUUAAAAUAAAAGAUUUUCAAAAAAUUAAUAUGAAAAAAUAAUUUAAUGA